GGGACUUCUUUAAAAACCAGGUGACCUCCUAGUCUUUCUCAUUUUGAGCAGCAGACGGGCAGAUUCCAUCAGCAUGGCGAUCUUCCAGCUUCACAUUUGUGCUCUGUUUCUGAUGGGAAUGAUUCUCCCUUCUUCUGCCUUAGAGGAUACCUUCCUUGCCGCUGUCUAUGAGCAUGCUGUGAUACUGACAGGAGACACUCCGAGAAACGUCUCAAGAGCAGAAGCCUUGGAGCUGAUGAACAGAAAUCUAGACAUCUUAGAAGGAGCCAUCAAAACAGCUGCCCAGCAGGUACUACUGCACACCAGUUAGAGCAGAUCAGCAGCAGCAACAUCAGGGACUAGAAAACCUUUGGUCCUCCAGAUGUUUCUGGACUGCAACUCCCCUCAUCCCUGGCCACUGCCCAUGAUGCUGUCUGGGGCCAAUGGGAGUUGGAGCCGAACAGUAUCUGAUGAGCCACAGAUUCCCCCACUCUGAGUUGGAUAGCAACCUUUUGAUGGCAGUAUUUGUCCUGGGGUUAAUAUGUCUGAACUGAUGUCUUUUUGCAGGGCGCCCACAUCAUUGUGACACCUGAGGAUGCCCUUUAUGGCUGGGUCUUCACCCGAGAAACUCUAUAUCCUUAUCUGGAGUAUAUACCAGAUCCGCAAGUAGACUGGAUUCCAUGCAAUGAGCCAAAAAGGUAUUUUCUUGCCUAUUUCAUGUUAUUCCUUAAGAUAAAAACAGAAGCAGCUCCUGGGUGUAGCUUCAAAAUCAGAAAAUAUGACUCAGAGUCUUCUUUACAAACACACCUUCAUUUGUUGUGGUGAAGUAAUAGUGGAGUUCCCUGGUGCUUUUCAGGAUACGUGCAGAAUGGCAAUUCCAGUACAAUGUGGCAUUUGUUCCUUUUUUUGGUUGGUUAAGAAAUCCUGCCUAACACUAUUGAUCUGUUUAACCUAGAGAAGAGGAACUUAAGGGAGACAUGGGAACAGUCAGUCCUCAAAUAUCUGAAGGGCUCUCUGUUACUCCAGAGUAGGACUAGAACUAACAGUUGGAAAUGGCAAGGGAAUAGAUUUCAGUUAAAGAAAACUUCCUUACAGUAAGCUGUUUGGCAGUAGCACAAAGGGCUUAAGGAGGUGAUGAGGAAGUUAAGCAGAGGCUUACACAGAGGCAUGCUGUCAUCAGGCAAGUCCCAGCAAAGGAAGAAUGGAUACAAAAACUUAUGGAAUAUGAAGAAAUGGUGAAACUUACCGGAAGAAUAAGAAAUCAAGAUAAACUUUUUAUAAGAGAAUGGAAAUGGUUUAUUGAAUAUUUACAGAUAAAUUGUAAAAAGAUUUUAAAAAACUGGCAGGAUUAUUGUAAUAACCUGCAGCUACAUAAGAGUAUAUAUAUAUAUAAAGAAAAUAAAUAAAUGAGCAAGUUAAGUUAAUUUGGAUAUGCAGAAGAUAUUAAAAAUAAAUUUAAGGAACCACAGAAAGAGGGGGAAGGAAAUCAAGUUUUAAAAUGACUAUAAAAUCAGUGAAAUGUAUAUAUCUGAAAAGCAUAAUUUUUUUUUAAAGGAAUGCUGUUCUCAGGCAAGGGGGUGGGCUGGGUGGUUUUUUGGAUCCCUUCCAACUCUAUGAUUCUAUGUUUGCAUGCUUUUAUUUAUUUAACAAAACUUAUUUAUACUGCUGGAUUGUAAAAAGCCUCUAAACAGUUUACAAGGAGAUAAGAUGAAACAUUGCAGAUUAUAGAUUUUAAACAGUUUUUAACAGGUUUUUUCAAAAUAUAUGAACAAUGAUUAGAAUCAACAAAAGCUAAACACACACGUAACAUUUACAUUAAACAAAAGUAUAGUAAACAGGUGCCAAAAAGAGUACAGGGACAGUGUCUGCCUGAAGUCAAUUGGUAUGGGAUUCCAAAUGAGAAGAUAAAAACCAGUUUGAAAAUUCAUAGCAUUCUGUAUGCCUGGAUAGGCUUUCUGAAUUAAAAUAUAUAUUAAGCAGGCAGCAAAAAGUACAGUGAUGACACCUGCCUAAAAGAUUUAUUGCUUAUACAUGACAAAAUGAGUAUAAUGUACAUGCAACAGUGCAAGUUCCGCAAGUCAAAGCAGUUGUCUGGGCAGAUACAAGGUAGGGUAAUCCUGCAAAUAAACCGAUUCCAAGCUGUUAUGGAUUUUAUAUGCCAAUACUGACACUUUGAAUUUGGCCUGGUGACAAAUGGGCAACCGGGGCAGAGAUGUUCUGUGUUGACAUGGCUUCACUCUUGCCAGGAACCGUGCUGAGCCAUUUUGCACUAGCUGCACUUUCCGAAUCAAGCACAAGGGAAGCCCGACACGGAGUGGAUUCCUAUAAUCCAGUCUUGAAGUCAGCAGUGUCUGAGCUUCCGUGACCACGCUCUCCAGUUCAGGAACAAUUGCAGAUGAUGCAACAAUCACAGCUGAUAAAAGCUCUUUCUAGCCACUGAGGUUACCUGGGCCUCCAGCGACAGAGCUGGACCCAGAAACACCCUCACGCUGCUCUUGUUGAGAGUACUAAAAUAAAGGAACUCUCUUAGGAUUGCUCUCUUGCAUUUUAUUUGAGCAGUGUUGCAAUUCACAAAUUUUGAUAGUAACCUAAUUGGGGCAGCCGCCACUUAAAAGGAAUUCUCAGUGAAAGCUGGAGAUGCAUCCAUCUACCUACAAGAAUCCAUGUCAUUUGAUUUAAAAAAAUACUUACCAGAUCCUGUUAAAGCUGGGAUCUGGUUCCUAGGGAUAGUGAUCAAAAAGCAGACUACACCUAACCAUGAACCUAGUAAAUUUGCUUCUAAGUAAACACAUUUAGGAGCAGAUAUCAGAUUACCUACAACGGGCAAACAAAACAAAACCCAAAAUUCUAGACUUCUGUAAGUAUUGUACCUGAUUCAAUUUAGAAGUACUGUAAUGCAUCUGUUUGCUCAAUUGUCUGCCACGAGGUGGCAGCAAAGGAGGCCUUUUCCACAUGUCCUGUGAGAUUUUCCUUAGUCAUUCCCUGCUUAGCGGAUCUCGGUCCUCUAUAAAAGAGAAAUUCAGUCAUGUGCUGAUUCACUCCUAGUGAAUUAUUUAGCAAUAAUACUAAACAGAAAAACAAAACUGUCAUUGUAUAAAUGGCCUGAUUCAUGUUUGCCAAAUAAACUUUGCAGGAAGUAUUUCUUUUAACAAAUUUAGUUGGUUAAAAAUAGCAUGUUGAAACAGUUUUCCUUUUUAAAAAGAACAGUUUAGAAUGCAGUCCUGUGUGCCCUUACUUGGGAGUAAAUGCUGCAAACUCAGUGAGACUUACCUCUGUGUAGGCAAGCAUAGGACUGCAUUACCUGAAACUUAUAAUUUAAACUAAGUUGCAUUAGUGCAAAAUUACAUGUAAAUGUUUAAUCAUUUGCUGAUAAAUGCCUCAAAAGUACUUGGCAGAUGGCUUAAAUUAUAUUGGUCAACUGGGUUUUAGCAGCCUGUUGGCAAGAUUAUAGACAGUGGUCUAGUAACAGGUAACAAUGCUAGUAAGAUGCAAAGGUUGCUCCUGGUUUCAAAAAACUGUUCUUUGCUCAGGGUGCUACAUUGGAAGACCCAUAGAGAAAUAAAUUAAAGAGGACAGAUUAUGCAUGAUCACAGAAUUACCUUGAGGACAGGUGUAGAAAGGACACCAUGGAUCCUCUGAGCCAAACCUGAAGCAUUUUAAGAGCAUUAUUUAAAAAAUACCAUUCAACUGCCUUAAAACAAUAAUAUGCAUUGUAAAAAUUAUUAGUGGAGAGACAAAGCUUCUCCUCGUAAAAUAAGUUGCUAUAUUUCCCAGGUCUUCUCUGCUUACAUCAUUCAUUCUCAUAGUGUAGUCCUUCUAUAAAUUAAGAUAAUGAAUUAAUUAGCAUGAUGAGCAUGAAGGAAGCUGAUAAGCCCAGACUUGCAAAUUGAACAGAAGAGAGUAUUUGUACUGGAUAAUCCAGGCUGUUCUUGAUAAGACUUCUGCUGGUGCCCAGUUACAUCCAUAUGCUUAGCACCAGAGCUGUCGGUUCAAUCACAGUCUGCACUGUACUCCGUGACUCAUUUUACUCUCUCUGCACUUAUAUUACCAACGUGUCCUGCCUACACUGCCCACAUGCUGCAGAAGGUGGAUGGAUCAUAUGGGAAGGUUAUACUUGCAUAUGAAUACAGUCAUACCUUGGAUCUUGAAUGCCUUGACUCCCGAACAAAUCGGCUCCCAAACGAUUGAAACCCGGAAGUGAGUGUUCUGGUUUUGGAAUGAUUUUUGGAAGCCGAACAUCUGAUGGGGCUUCCACGGCUUCCGAUUGGCUGCAGGAGCUUCCUGCAGCCAAUCAGAAGCCAUGCUUUGGUUUUUGAACUUUUUGGAAGUCGAACAGACUUCUGGAACGGAUUCUGUUCAACUUCCAAGGUACAACUAUAUGGGCACAGGCAUCACUUUACACCAAGGAGACUACAUGCAGUGGAAGAACAUGCACAGGCCUCAAUCUUGGGCCUGUGCUGCAUUCAAAUUAGAGCCAGUGUGAACCAAGUCAGAGACAACUUGCUUGGUUUUUAAAAAAUCUUAUACCUGUCCUUGCCACUGUAAUAUAAACAGAAAUGUGACACCGUUUUAUUGCUGCUUUAAGAUAUCCUUGAUCUUUUUUCUGGUCACUUCAAGAUCUUUUCCCACUCACUCCAUCACCAUCCCUGGACAAGAUCUUUCCAAAGCAACAUUUCCCAAUCUGGUGCCCUCCAGAUGUUUUGGACUACAACUCACAUCAGCCACUGCUAGUAUGGCUGGUCAUUUCGAGGGCAGCAGGUUAGAGGAGGCUGAUCUCAAUCCAUGAAUAUUUAUUGGACCAACUUCUUUUUUUCUGUCCCCAGACCUGAAACCGUGUGUUCUUAUUUUAAUCUGCCACAUUCUGAACUGAUAGGGUUCACAAAUGAUCAGAAUUAAAUUGGUCUCUCCCCAUUUUAAUAGACUUUGUAUCGAUGAUUGACUUCUUCCUUUCAACAUUAGGUUUGGGUCGAAUCCAAUACAGGGAAGACUCAGCUGCAUAGCAAAGGAGAACUCCAUCUAUGUGGUUGCCAACAUGGGGGACAAGAAGCCAUGCAACCGCAGUGACCCCCAGUGCCCGAGUGACGGUCGCUAUCAGUACAAUACAAACGUUGUUUACGAUACAGAAGGGAAAUUUGUGGCACGUUACCACAAGGUAAGCGCUCUUCUCCGUUUUGGUUCAGAUGUUGCUAGACUCCAUCAGGCCCAGUCAGUUUGGCCAAUGGUCAGAGAUGAUGGGACUUUGUGCUCCGGGGGGCCGCAGGUUCUCCAUUUGCUAUAGAAAGCACAGUAAUGCACCCUAGAGUAGACACCAGGCAUAGGCAAACUCGGCCCUCCAGAUAUUUUGGGACUACAACUCCCAUCAUCCCUGACCACUGGUCCUGUUAGCUAGCAAUAAUGGGAGCUGUAGUCCCAAAACAUCUGGAGGGCCGAGUUUGCCUAUGCCUGGUCUACACAAAACAGAUAGUAAUGCAAAUUAAUAUGUGUAGCUCAAUUUGAAUUAGAAGAAAAGGGAGCUCCCAUUUCUCCCAUCCAAAUAAGAGAUAGGUAUGCACUCAUAUGGAGCAGGCAGAGAAGCUGCACAAGUAUUCAUGGAUAUGUCUCAUUGAAAGAGAAAUCACAAUAUUUGAGAUGUGUGCUGUAAGGACUUUACUUGUAGAUGGUUUUCACAAGAUAAUCCAGGUCUUGUAACUGUGCUGAAAAACAGAGGCAACACCACCAACUUCUAGGAGAAUAACUGUAGGUCAGUAGUAGACUAUCCUCUUUGCACGCAGAAGGUCCCAGUUUCAGUCCUGGCAUCUUCAGGUAGAGCUGAGAAUGUCUCCUACCUGAAAUCCUGGAAAGCCACUGCCAGUCAGUGAAGACAAGAGUAGGCAACACAGUGCCCUCCAGAAAGUAGCAGACAGCAUCUUCUAUCAUCCUUGACAUUGUCCUGGCUGGCUGGGGCUGGUGGCCUUUUGGAGGGCAUUGUGUUUCCCUGGUCUAGACAAUAUUGAGCUAAAUGGACCAAUGGUCUGACUCAGUGUAAGACAGCUUCUUAUGUUCCUAAUACUAUUUUUCCUGUCUCCAAUAAUAUCUGUAUAUAUUUUCUGUCUUAUAAACAGUACAACCUUUUCGCUUCUGAAGUAUACUUUAAUUACGCCAAGGACCCACAGUUUGUCACCCUCAACACCUCCUUUGGGAAGCUUGGCCUUAUGACUUGUGCCGACGUUCUUAAUUAUCGUGAACCUGCCGUCUCGCUGGUGGAGAAGUACAAGGUGGACACCAUCCUCUUCCCAACUGCUUGGCAGAAUGGCCUGCCGCUCUUGUCUGCUGUUGAGUUCUACUCAGCCUGGGCAAUGGGGAUGCGUGUCAACUUCCUUGCUGCUAAUAUAAACAAGCCCAGCUUGGACAUUACUGGUAAAGUGCUACCUUGAAUAAUUUCUGUGUAGACAUAGAUCUGGCAAUUUGAGUGUGGGAAAGAGCACAGAGGAGGGAAAGGAUUAACCUAUUAAUUGCUAUUUUAAAAAUGUGAUUUCCUUCAGAGAUCAGCCUUAUAAAAUAAUGAUGGCAAACUGUGGCCCUCCAGAUGUUGCUGGACUAUAGCUCCCAUUGGCCAUGGUGCCUGGGGCUGAUGGGAGUUGGAGUCCACCAGCGUCUGCUACCAGUGCUAAAGUCACAGUUAUGAACUCUCUACCUGCCUCUUUCAAGACGGGCGAUGAGCGCACAAUGACAUUCUGCAGGCAACACAUUAUCUGCGUUAAUACAUUAUUUGUCUUCACAUGCCCAGUGCUGACCCAAUACUUUUUGCAGCUUGAGGCAAAUGACAAAACGGUAUGGACCAAUUCCACAUACAGAAGCAGUUGGACUUUACUUCAGCACUGGCAAAGGGACAGCAUCCUCCAUUGUUUGUGUGUGUGUUUGCUUAAUGCAUUUAUAUCCCACCUUUCCCCGUAUUUAGCUCAAGGUGGUGUGCAUGAUUCUCUCUCUCCUCAUUUAAUCCCCUCAACAACCCCAUGAAGUAGGUUAUUCUGAGAGGGAGUGACUGGCCCAAGGUCACCCAGUGAGCUUUAUGGCUGAGUGGGGAUUUGAACCCUGGUACCCCAGAUCCUAGUCCGACACUCUCACCACGACACCCCACGGGCUUUGAGGGUAACAUGCUAACUUAGGGGGUUGCACACAGCUCUAUUCUAAGUAGAAGAGAACAUCUGGGGACUAAGGCCAGUUCCCAGGAUCUGUUGCCUACCUUGCUUUGUCUAAUAAGAUGCAUUCCCUGCUGAAGCUAUUUGUGUGGGGGACCUUUGGCUUUCCAGAUGUUGCAGAACUACACAUCCCAUCAUCCCUGGCCAUUGGCUGUGCUAGCUGGGACUCAUGGGAACUGUAGUUCAGCAAUUAGCUACACCUGCUCUGGUCACUUCCCACCAUUUGCCCUAUGCAUUAGCUUCUAGCCCCAAAUCAGUGAAUUGAGAUUCUGCUCUACUUCCCUUUAGUACUUACUUCCCGUUAGUACUCCAUUCAUUUGGGUAAAGGAAUGGAACAGUAAAACUUAUGCCUCACCCCAGUGUCUUUUGCCAUCCACAGGGAGUGGUAUCUUUACACCUGAAGGAGCCAAGGUGUAUCGCUUUGAUAUGAAAACGCAGACGGGAAAACUCCUGGUUGCGGAAAUCAAUGCUCGCCCCCGUCUUUACCCCACAUACCCUCCUGCUGUCAACUGGAGCUUAUAUGCUUCAAAUAUCAAGCAUUUCCCCACAAGCCCAGUAUUUACUGCAAGCUUCUAUUUUGAUAAUUUCACCUUCACUGAACUCUCUCGAGAAGCUGGAAACCAUACCGUCUGCCAAAGGGGCCUCUGCUGCCACUUGAGCUACAAGAUGGCAGAGAAGCAAGAGGAUGAGGUUUACGCAUUCGGCGCCUUUGAUGGGCUUCAUGUGAUCGAAGGGGAAUAUUAUUUGCAGGUAAAGGGUUUUGUGAGGUAGGAUGAGCAGGCCAUGUGGAAGGGAAAGGCCCUACCAGUGGGACCGGGGGAGAAUGUGGCUCAGUCCUCAUUUAAAGGCAAACCUACCCAGCUCGGAGCAAUAUGGGAACCAAAACACAGCCAUCAUUUUAAAUGGCACGUUCCUGAAUUUUGCACUUCACUUCUCCAGCCAAGUAAUAUGUCCAGCCAAGAGGAAUAUAGUCCGGUAAUAUGUGCAUAAAAUGCAAAUAUGAGUGAAAACAACAUACAGAAACGCAUUAUAUUAGAGGGGGAAAAUCUAUAUAUUGGGCCAAAUAGCACGUUUAAAAUUAGUGUAUUAAAAUGCUGGUGAAUUUUCUUGCGAACUGAAUUUAAGACUGGAAAAACGAGAAACCGAGAGAAAAAGAAACUGAUAGCAUUUCCCAUCCCUACCUACCAACAAUGUCUAGGAUACAUGUGUUUCAGAGCCUUUGAGGAAACCAGAAGCUGUACUCUCCAGAAGCUUUUCUAAAAGCCUGUAAGAAUCAUUAGAGGGAUUACUACUGAAGAAAAGAACAAUCCCUAUAAGACACCUCCCUUCUUUAGAGCACAGCUACUGUUUAGAGCCGAGAUGGCUGUAGUUGUUGGACUCUUGUUCCUAUCAUCUCUUAUCAUUGGCCUCACUGUCCGGGGCUGAUAGGAGCUGAAAUCCAACAAAUCUGGAGGGCCACAGAUUCCGCACCCCUGAUAUAGGGGGUGGGGAUUGUAUAUUACAUUUGUAGCAUGAUUAGAAAAAUUUAGUAGGAUUCUGGGAAAAAUAAGUCUGCUGAAGUCAUUGAUGAUGGUAGUCCCUUUACUUAACACAGUGCCACCAUGUGGCUUCCUGCUUAACUUCAUAUUCUGUCUUGGGUUUGUUUGCUUUUUAUUGCAAGUGUCAUGUAAAUGCUAAGUACUCACAGUAUUGCAUAGAGUUUUUUGAAGGAUGCACACAAAAGCACAAAGCAUUUUAUUUUAUUUUUUACAGAAAAGGCCUCAGAAUUCUCUGUUGAUUCAAAAGCAAUCCUUGUUUGUUGGUCCUCAUAAGGGAAACAGAAAGAAAGACACCCCCCCCAAUCCAAUAACCCCAAUACUGUAUUGCAAAAAGAAUACUUGUUUAUUUCUUCCAAAUAUUCUAGAGUUGUCUCAAAAUAAUCAGCGAAAGCAAUCUACUUCUUCAGGCUUAGUAUUGUGCGGUGUUAGCAUUGGUUUGUGUACUGUUUUGAAUCACAGAAGCAUCCUGUGUAGCCCACUUACAUGGGAAGUAUCUUCCUCCAUUCCAUAAACACAAGGCUCUUUGAAUGGCUUAGUUCCACAAAAUAACCUUUCCCACAACCCUCUCUUUCCAUAGAUAUGCACACUACUGAAAUGUAAGAGCACAGACUUGAAAUCAUGCGGGGAGCCAGUUAAUACAGCUCAUACAAGAUUUGACUCCUUCACCCUCAGCGGCACCUUUAACACAAGCUACGUGUUUCCAGAAGUCUUGCUCACUGAGACUCAGCUGACCACUGGAGAAUUUCAGGUAAGGGCCAAAGUGGCUUCCAACUUCUGCAAAAGCAGUGACCCAAGCCAUUUCUUAGAUUAAAACAGCUCCUCCUCUCCAUCUCUCAAAAUAGUUGUGCUCCUAAUCAUUCAAUAGUCGCAGCUUUGUUUCUACCUAGCACUGAACUUUUUGAACAGCUCUCCCUGCUAUGUGUGUGUGAAUUUGAAGAAGAAGAAGAAGACGAAGACUUUGGAUUUGAUAUCCCGCCUUUCACUCCCUUUAAGGAGUCUCAAAGCGGCUAACAUUCUCCUUUCCCUUCCUCCCCCACAACAAACACUCUGUGAGAUCAGUGGGGCUGAGAGACUUCAAAGAAGUGUGACUGGCCCAAGGUCACCCAGCAGCUGCAUGUGGAGGAGCGGAGACGCGAACCCGGUUCCCCAGAUUACGAGACUACCGCUCUCAACCACUACACCACAAUUUGGUCUCUCUCAUCUUGCUUGUAGCAGAGUAGGGUAGUGAACUUGUGGCCCUCCAGAUGGGAAUGAAAGCCCGGCAGCAUCUGAAGCACAGGGGUGGAGCUUGGUCACAUGCCACCCUGUGCAAGGCCAUUUGAUGCCCUCCCUCCAGCUUACACCGGGCAUUGGGAAAGAAGUGUGGGGUUCUGGAAGGGUCUUAGAGCCUCCCCACCUCUUUUCCAAAGCCUGGCAAGCACUUGCCCAGCUUUGGGAAGGAGGACUCUAGGACCCUGGCAGAGCCCUCACACCUGCUUCCCAAAGCUUAGCAAGUGCCCUAAAUCUGCCUCUGUGAAGGGCCCCAGGUUCUCCAGCCCUGGCCUACAGUAUUCAGCAAAGAAAGGCAGGCUGAGGCCUAGUCUACCCACUUUCCUUGCUUGCUCAUUGACAAACAGUCCAACAUGGAAGCUGCUGUUAUGCAUGUCAGUCAGUAAUUCUAAAUGUAUUUUGGGUGCAGGCACACGACUCUCACGGAAAACUCUACAACUUAAAAAGAAUUGCAUUACUUUUCACCAUAGUGGGGAAGACUGCGGCUAGGUGACUGGCUGGCUCAGUCUGCUGUCUAGGUGACAGGUGUUGGUGGACAGCUAUAAGGGCCCUGCUCUCCCUUCUUUAUUUUUAAACUAGACUUGGACUGGGCAAGGGUGCCUUCAAACAGGAGCAUGUCUUGUGUAAAGAAGGAUGCAAGGCCACCCUGUAUCAGAGAACAAGAAAAAAACGGUUGAUUGCAAGCACCUGUAACUCUCCAGUAAUAAAUGUUUGUCUGUAUUUUCCUAUGUAUUCUAAGCCAAACAUGUUUCCCAGUGUAUAACUUUUUGCCUGCCCUUUCCAUUCUCCCAGGUAUUGACUGAUGGACGUUUGACAAGCAAUGGCCUAUCAAAGCCAGUCCUGUCUGUGGCUCUUUUUGGAAGGUGGUAUGAAAGGGACCCGCCACAUCCAGAGGGUGCUCCUUCAUAAGACUCAUCCAAUCACGAUCAUGUCUCUUUUCCUGAAUUUUGUGGGUGCUUGUACAACAAAGGCGGAAUGAACAGGAUCAGUGUGUUCUGCUGCAGGCCAAACCAAAUAGCUUGUUUUAGGAGCAGUUAUCAGCCACAAAGAGGAGAUGAACACACCAUCUAGCUACAUGGCAGUUUCCCAUUGCUUUAAACAGGAGCAUGGGGCAUACAAUGAAGAAGGACUUUGGCUUUAGACUUUAUUAAUAUUUGUGUUCCUCCUCUUGGUUGUACCCAAAAGAAAUCUGCUACUAGGGCAAAUACAUACUAUAAUUCAGGGUGGGGAACCAGUGGCUCUCCAGAGGUUGUUGAACUCCAACUCCCAUCCUUCCUGACCUCAAGCCACACUGGCUGGGGAGGUUGAUGGGAACUGGAAUCCAGCAGCAUUCAGAGGGCCACAGGUACCCUCCUCCCUGCUGUAAGCAUUCAGACGACUAAAUUGUCGUCUAUCAGAAAGAAAUAAACAUUUCAUUGCUUUUCCUGAAACCUGUACCCUGCUCAAUAGGGCCAAUAUUUGAUAAAAGGUCUGUCGUCUGGUUCAUUCUGAGAAAGCACCCAAAAUGAACCUUUAUUGUUUGUGGGUGAGUGGUCAGUCUUGCCCACACUUCAUGAAGAUACUAAGCACCCAAGGCCCUCUGUAGGUCCAGGACCGAAAUUUGUGAGUUUGUAAUUGUAACUUCAGUACAUAACAGUAAUCUUCCUGCUGCCCAAAUCAUAUGUCAGAUUCCAAAAUGGAGUCAAACUCAAACUCAGUCCCCAAAAGGAUUCUGGGAAAGAUGUGCUGCAUGUGAUCUGAUCCAGUUUCUUGUUCCUUACCUGGGUCUCCAGCUGCAUUGUUCAGAGACUUAUGCAUACACUUGGGGAGGAAUUCAACUAACCAGUCCUCCUGCUAGCAGGAGCCCACAAAAUGGCUUCUACUAGUGCAAUAUGGCUUUCUUCCUUCUCCCCCAUGUAUGCCCCCAUGCUUUCCAAAUUGGCUCUGUGGGGUCAAGAGAAGCCCCCAAAUAGUGCACAGAGGAAGGAGAGGGGAGAUUGUUAUAUCAGCCAAGCAAGAAUACUUGCACCGACUAAGUGCUGUGUUAAAUUUCUCCCAUGGUUUCUUAACUCAUGGAAACUUGCAAUUAAGUUGCUGAACCUUGUUUUUCAUUUCAGGCUUAAUCAGUUAGAUGUGCAAUUUACUUCUGGUUGUUAGAUGUCUCUGUGAAUACUCAGUUUGAGUGGAAAGGCGACUCACUUACUUUGUAAUGAAUAAAAUGUUUUGAAUUGUCGUUUUUAUGUUUACAUUGCUUUUGCCCUUAAAAUAAAUAUCAUGCUUUAGUAAAGUAA